AUGGGCAUAAAACCUAAUGUUGAAUUGGAUAGGGCUAUUCCUGCAGCUGCUACUAUGCCAAAGCAAAUAUACCCACCACCUCCGUUUCCUAGGAGGUUGAAGAAACAACAGCUGGAUAAGCAAUUUGGUAAAUUCCUUGAGGUUUUCAAAAAGCUUCACAUCAACAUUCCGUUUGCAGAAGCACUCGAGCAAAUGCCUAGCUAUGCCAGAUUCAUGAAGGGAGCUGUACUGGGCCAGCGUACAAGUAAUGUGUUUCAUGUUAUCUACUACGCCAGCAAAACUUUAAAUGAUGCACAGUUGAAUUACACUACUACAGAAAAAGAACUUCUAGCUAUUGUCUUUAGCUUUGAGAAGUUCAGGUCUUAUCUUCUUGGAACAAAGGAUUCCAAACCAAGGCUAAUUCGUUGGGUUCUAUUACUCCAAGAAUUUGAUGUAGAAAUUAAAGAUCGGAAGGGCACAGAAAAUCAGGUAGCGGAUCAUUUAUCCCGACUAGAAGAUCAUAGUAAACAAACUACCGACAGUAUUCUAAUUAAUGAAUUCUUCCCAGAUAAACAGUUGUUUGGGGCUGAGGCCGAAGAGCCAUGGUUUGCUGACAUUGUAAAUUAUCUGGUGAGUAAGGUCAUUCCUCCAGAAUUCUCUUAUGCUCAACGCAAGAAAUUCCUUCACGAUGUGAAAUGGUAUAUUUGGGAUGAACCAUUUUUGUUUAAACAAGGAGUCGAUCAAAUUCUCAGACGGUGUAUCCCUAAUAAUGAAUUUGUGUUGGGUUGCGAUCGAUGUCAACGUACAGGUAAUAUUUCUAGGAGGAAUGAAAUGCCUCUUAAAAUGCUUUUGGAAGUCGAAAUAUUUGACGUUUGGGGUAUUGACUUUAUGGGACCGUUCAUUUCGUCUUGCAACAACCAGUAUAUUCUAUUAACAGUUGACUACGUGUCUAAAUGGGUGGAGGUGAAAGCCUUACCUACAAAUGAUGCUAAGGUGGUCUUGCAAUUUCUUCAAAAACAAAUCUUUACCCGUUUCGGAGUCCCUAGAGUCAUUAUCAGUGAUGAAGGCUCUCAUUUCUGCAAUCGGAAAUUCACAACCUUGAUGACGAGGUAUAAUAUCAAUCACCGGGUUGCUACUGCUUAUCAUCCUCAAACGAAUGGUCAAGCUGAAGUGUCUAACAGAGAGAUCAAACGCAUAUUAGAGAAGGUAGUUAACCCUUCUAGGAAAGACUGGUCCUUGCGAUUAGACGAGGCUGCUUGGGCUUAUCGAACAGCUUACAAAACACCAUUGGGUACUUCUCCAUUUCAGCUAGUGUUUGGGAAAGCUUGUCACUUACCAGUAGAGUUGGAACAUAAAGCUUAUUGGGCACUAAAGAAGUUGAAUUUCGACUUACAAUUAGCUGGAGAGAAACGCAUGAUUCAACUCAAUGAGUUGGAGGAGUUCCGCCUCCGUGCUUAUGAAAAUAACAAACUCUACAAAGAGAAAGUGAAAAGAUUGCAUGAUCAGCGGUUGAUACAAAAAUCUUUUGUGGUGGAUGGGUAUUCUGGCUAUAAUCAGAUUUCUAUUUCUCCGGAGGAUCAAGAAAAGACAACCUUUACAUGCCCUUAUGGUACAUUUGCAUUCCGAAGAGUACCUUUUGGCUUAUGCGGUGCACCAGCCACUUUUCAAAGGUGCAUGAUGGCAAUAUUCUCAGAGAUGAUCGGCAUCAAUGUGGAGGUAUUCAUGGAUGAUUUUUCUGUAUUUGGAACAUCUUAUGACGAAUGCCUCACGAAUCUGAGAAUGGUUCUUAAGCGCUGUGUGGAAACUAAUCUGAUUCUCAAAUGGGAAAAAUGCCAUUUCAUGGUGCAAGAAGGAAUCAUAUUGGGACAUAAAUUAUCUACCAAGGGACUGGAAGUGGAUAAAGCGAAGGUGGAAACAAUUAAAAAUCUUCCUCCACCACUCUCGGUUAAGGGCAUCCGAAGCUUCCUUGGUCAUGCAGGUUUCUAUCGGAGAUUCAUCAAAGACUUCUCAAAAAUUUCCAAACCUCUUUGCAAUCUGUUAGAGAAAGACAAUCCAUUCAAAUUUGAUGAGGAGUGCUUGGAAGCAUUUGAAAUUUUGAAAAAGAAGUUGACAUCAGCACCUAUCAUCACUGCACCUGAUUGGAGUAAACCAUUCGAAUUGAUGUGUGAUGCCAGUGAUUAUGCUGUAGGAGCUGUACUGGGCCAGCGUACAGUUAAUGUGUUUCAUGUUAUCUAUUAUGCUAAUGGGUAUUCAGGGUAUAAUCAGAUUUGUAUCGCACCAGAGGAUCAGGAGAAGACCACUUUCACUUGCCCUUUCGGCAUAUUUGCUUUCCGUCGUCUUUCUUUUGGACUUUGUGGUGCACCAGCAACUUUUCAGAGAUGCAUGAUGGCUAUUUUCUCCGAGAUGAUUGGUACCAAUGUUGAGGUGUUCAUGGAUGACUAUUCUGUGUUCGGUUCUUCGUAUGAUGAAUGCUUGAGCAACUUGACAAUGGUGCUAAAAAGAUGUGUGGAAACUAAUCUCGUUCUUAAUUGGGAAAAAUGCCACUUCAUGGUUCAAGAAGGCAUAAUUCUUGGGCAUAAAGUUUCGAACAAGGGUCUUGAGGUGGAUAAGGCUAAGGUGGAGACAAUUGAAAAUCUUCCUCCACCAAUUUCAGUGAAGGAGAUUCGGAGUUUUCUUGGUCACGCGGGUUUCUAUCGACGGUUCAUCAAGGAUUUCUCUAAAAUCACCAAACCCUUGUGCAACUUGUUAGAAAAGGAUGUGCCCUUCAAAUUUGAUGAAGAGUGCUUGGCUGCGUUCGAAACUCUUAAGAAGAAAUUAACCACAGCACCUAAUUGGAAUGAGCACUUCGAGAUCAUGUGUGAUGCUAGUGACUAUGCAGUGGGAGCCGUGCUUGGUCAGAGAAAGAGUAACGUCUUUCACGUGAUUUACUAUGCUAGUAAGACUCUCACUGGUGCUCAGCUGAAUUACACUACUACGGAGAAGGAGCUGCUGGCUAUUGUGUAUGGAUUCGAGAAAUUCAGGUCUUAUUUGCUUGGGACGAAGGUGUUGGUUUACACUGAUCAUGUUGCCAUUCGGUAUUUAGUGUCGAAGAAAGAUUCGAAGCCUCGUUUGAUUCUUUGGGUUCUCUUACUUCAGGAAUUCAAGUUGGAGAUCAAGGAUAGAAAGGGCACUGAAAAUCAGGUGGCUGAUCAUCUUUCUCGGUUGGAAGAUGAAGCGCGAGCAUCCAAAGACACCACUUUGAUCAACGAGUCUUGCCCUGAUGAACAGCUAUUUGGGGUACAAGAAGAAGAGCCAUGGUUUGCAGACAUAGUGAAUUAUCUUGUGAGUAAUGUCAUUCCUCCUGAUUUGUCUUAUGCUCAAAAGAAAAAGUUUCUUCAUGAGGCGGAGUGGUAUCGUUGGGAUGAGCCAUUCUUGUUUCGUCAAGGUUCCGAUCAAAUUAUCAGAAGGUGCAUUCCAUACAGUGAGAUUGAAGGAAUCUUGCAAGCUUACCACGACUCUACUUAUGGAGGACAUUAUGGAGGAUAG